UCAGCUCAGUGCGUCCUUGGAGUCCUGCACUGCUAUGGCUACCGGUGGCGGCGUGACCUCCAGAGAGGGGCUGCGCUACGCCGAAUACUUGCCUCCUUCUGCCCAAAGGCCGGACGCCGACAUCGACCACACCGCGGGAAGAAGGUUGAUAGCUGUAGGACUAGGUGUUGCAGCUGUUGCAUUUGCAGGUCGGUAUGCAUUUCAAAUCUGGAAACCUCUAGAACAAGUAAUCACUGCAACAGCAAGGAAGAUUUCCUCUCCAAGCUUUUCAUCCUACUAUAAAGGAGGAUUCGAGCAGAAAAUGAGCAGGAGAGAAGCUAGCCUUAUUUUAGGUGUAAGCCCAUCUGCUGGCAAGGCCAAGAUUAGAACAGCACACAAGAGAAUUAUGAUUUUAAACCAUCCAGACAAAGGUGGAUCUCCUUACUUAGCAUCCAAAAUAAAUGAAGCAAAAGAUUUGCUCGAAGCGUCCAGCAAAACUAACUGAUGUUGAAGGAAACCUCAGAUGAAGCUUCUGUAUACAUUCCAGUAGUUCUUUAUUCUAUCCUUGACCCUGAUUUGGGUCUGACAUAGUGGGCAUGCUCAUCACCAUCCCCUGCAGCAUCACUGUGGCUAGAGGAACCACUUCAUGGGGUUGCAAGGCAGAGCUGGUUGUUGGCUGGAUCCUCCUUCUAUGGGCUUGUCCACAGAGCUGCAAGAGCAUGCUCACCCACAGCAGGAGACAGUUGUCCAGGAAACAGGAAAUAGAAGCUGCUCACUUCAUCCUUGGUCUGGAAUCUGUCAAGGCACCAUUUCUGCAUACUCAGUUAGCUAAGAGUUGUAGAGCCUGCCAGAUUUGUGGGAGCCCUUUGUAUCUCUGUCAGAGGACUUUGACCCCUUUAUCAUAUCAGUUUUAGGCAUUUUUUUUAAAUCGGUCAUGGAGAGGGGGCAAAUGCAGUGGGACACACCUUACCUUAGCAGGUUAGAUAAGAGGAUUGCAAGUUCCAAGCCAGCCUGGGAAAUUAGAAAUACUUGAGAAUGAGGAAAUGAUACAAACAAACAAGAACCCAAACAUAAGAAGAGCUGGACCUCUGAGAGAGCACAGGAUCUGUGCUGGAUCAGUUAAUUACAGGCUCUGGGCCUAAGCUUCCAGAGUUUCAGUUCACAUAACUGCCAUUUGGGGUAAACAUAGAUCAGUAGUAAUUCUCUGAAUGGUAGUACAGCUUUAAAAUUGGAUUUUGACCAACUAUUUACCCUCAAUUCCUCGUCUGUAAAAAGCUUAUUUGAAUGGUUACCUAUCUUCAGUAAAAACUGCUUCUCUGUGUUUCCUGUCACAGCCUAUUCUGCUCAAUUAGGCUUUGUUGAUAUUGCAGUUUCUGUUUACCCUAAGAGGUUAAGUCUGAGAAUAAGAAAGACCUUUUAAAAACACAAUUACCGGACAGAGAAUGUGUACUUCUGAUGAACAGCUAAAGGGGGUUAUGCAGGGACAAUUAGAUCAUAGUCAGCGGUGCCAAUCUGCAAUGCAAUGUGAAAGGUGGACCGUGUGGUGCAGAGGAAAGAAUAGUGACCGUAGCAGACAUUGUUCUGUUCAGUCUUCAGAGCAUGCCCUGCACUUUUGAACAACAUUUAAAAAGUUUUCCUUGGUUGGUACUGAGUUUUACCACUGUGAUAAGGAUACAAGACUACAUUCAUUCUUAAAAUGCUCAAACUAAAUAGAAAAAAAUACUUUUAAACACAGGUGACUUUUGCUACUACUUUUCUAUUAACAAGGAAAUUCAAGAGUUGUGUUACUUAUACUUAUGAUUACCCAGCAAGGCCAUUAAAGAUUGAAUAUCUAUGUGAGGAAAAAUUUUGGUUGUCAUGGAAAACCUUGAAUACAGACAAGAGCUUUCUGCAAUUGAUCUUCAACGCCCUUCAAAAUUAGCUUAAAAGAGUUUAAUGACAUUUGUGGGGACAGAUGACUCACCCAGAUCCGUAAUGUCAAAAAUUUCUGGGGCUUGGUCUGCUUAAGGUGAGCUGCAGAGACCCCUUUCCCGGAGAACUGUUUCUAGGGAGGCUGCUCCACUCCACAGUGGGAAGUGUGCUGCCAUCCCCAUCACUUCCCAGCUCCUUCCGGGCACUGACCUCUGACUGUGGGAGAGUCUGAUGGAUGGGUCUCUGUGUGCCAGCAUCCUCCCUUGCUUUUAAGGAAAUGCUACCAAGCAGCAUUGCAAUUAGCACUAAGUCAGUAUCAUCCAGUCAUCAAAAACAUUUUGUGAGUUAUGGGCCAAAAUUUUAUUAGUGGGUAGUUACAUACAUUAGGAAAUUAAAAUCUCUGUCAGUAGAAUUUAUUAGCUGAAGUUUUUGAGGAGGUUCUCUGGCCUCGUUUUUAUACGUAGACUCUAAGUGAUCUGGAUCGUAGCCUCCAAGCAAAAUGGCUAGGCAUGGUAGACAGGAGAACAUUCCUUCUAAUGCUGCCUUAAGAGCCGAGCAGCUAUUGUUCCCAACUGAGUGCUUCUUGCUUCCUUUUAUUGUUGCUGAGCAAAAGAACUUAUAAAAAGCCUUUUUAUAUAAAUAAAAACCUUGCUCAAUUGAAAUGGAAGUUCAUUAAGUCAUACUCAGUUUACUUCCUGCCGUGAUAACCCAUCCCCCGUGCUCUGGUCAGCAGGGCCAAGCAGCACCUUCGCCUUUGACACUGAAAUCUGAGCUGCCGUCUCCUAAGAAACCCCUUCGUUUUUACAACCAUUUAUUUAUUUGGUUUUAGAUUAAUUUCUUUAUGUAUGAAUAUUUUGCCUGCACAUAUGUAUAUGCAUGUCUAGUGUCCAAGGAGAUAAGACUGGGCUGGAGUUAUGGAUGAUUGUGAGCUACCAUGCAGGUAAUGGGAACCAAACUCGGGUCUUCUACAAGUGCUAGUAACCCUGAACUAUCUAUCACUCCAGCUCCACAAACUAAUAUUAUAAUUAUACCUAUUUGCUAAACAUCACCUGUUUGCUAAAAUUAUACCUAUGCAAACAUUCUACUACUUUAUCUUUUAAUUUUCAGAGCUAACCUUAGACAUGGGUGUGACACUUUUUUUUCUCAUACUACAGGUGAAGAAACAGGCUCGAUAGGACUUUAAAAUUCCUUUCAAAAUGGCAAUUUCUUUCUUAAAAGGUGAGAGUAGGGUCUCAGUCCUGAAGCGAUACACCAGGUAUGUUGGAAGGAGUCAGAUGAUGGAGUUUCGAUGACUCCAUGAUCCACGUCACAAGAACAAGCAUCAUUCUGACUUGUUCUUGUGACCUGGAUCAUGAGUGUGAAAUAGGCUUGUGUGUGGAAGAAACUAGUUCCAAGCAUCAGAAGCAAUGGGUAACUGCCCAAAAGCCUGUAAUCUUCUAAUUGCACUUAGCAGUCUCAGCUGUAAGGUUGAACAGUGUGAGUUUUCUCCAGCUCCGGACUGGGGGAAUCCCUGAUGAGAUUUCAUUUGAAGCAUUCUGUUGAAAGCAAAUGAUAAUGUUCAGGACUCAGAAUAAAAGGCAUGUCACAAAAGGAAAACCUGACUUUGGGGAAUAAAGGUAGUUCAGUAAAUUAACAAAACCAGACUGAAUUUAUUGAAAGGAGCAGAGAAGCAAGGAAGAGAUGAGAGAGAGAGAGAGAGAGAGAGAGAGAGAGAGAGAGAGAGAGAGAGAGAGAGAGAAACCAGAAGAGAACUUGGGCAGCUGGAUGCUUUUGUAGAACUUUAAAAGGUGGUUUAGGGUGCACAUGUGCCUUGGUGCUAGAGCCCCUCCCUAGCCAUGUGGAAGGUCCUGGGUCCAAUCAACACUACAAACACAAAAAAUAGUCACAAUGUGUUUUUUAUAACUGAGUUAUAUACCCAUGCCAUGCUUUUAUUCCAAAAUUAAAGUUGCAUUUGCACACUGAGGAAGUUUCCUGGUAGAUUCUACAGAGCAUCAGCCUCCAGUAGGAGACUGUCUUGAGAGUAAACCUUAAAUGUCUGCAGUAGUUAUAACCACAGGAUGAAAUGGUUUCAGUAUUCAUAGCAAAAACAUGAGCUCUUGAGUGUCAGGUGCACUCAAUGUCUUAGUCACCAUUUUGUUGCUGUGAAGAGACACCAUGACCAGCGAGCACAACUCAUAAAUCAUUUCAUUGGGGCUGGCUUACAGUUCAUAGGUUUAGUCCAUUAUCAUGGUGGCCUGUAGGCAGACAUGGUGCUGAAGAUAGACUGAGAUCUUUCCGUCCAGAUCCACGGGCAGCAGUAUGAGAGCGACACUGGGAUUGGCCUUGGCUUUUGAAACCUCAAAGCCCACCCCCAGUGACACACUUCCUAAUCCUUCCAAAUAGCACCACUCCCUGGUGACCAAGCAUCCACAUCUAUAAGCCUAUGGGGGCCGUUCUUAUUCAAACCACCAUAGCUAUGCUCGGAAAGUGUGCCCCACAGCUACUGCAUUGACUUAGUCGUGUCAUCUGCAUUGCUGGUGCUUUUGCCCUUUGGCUCUGUGAAUAUGGAUGUUCCAGCUUUGAGUUUGUAGGUGUUUAUUUUUGUUCCAUGCCUCUAGGACAGAAUGAGAUGACCUAAUGUUUGUUCUUGGUGGUGAGCUAGGAGAUUCUGUGCAUUGUUGCCUCUCUCGGGAUAUUCUGAGAUGCCGUACAGGGCAGUGUUGCAGAAGAGCGGCAUGAACACAGAAACAGCCUUCCCUAAUUAACCCCACAUGGAUCUGACGUCUGCUGUUCACUGGCUGCCUGAUACUUAGCUAGUCAGACUGUCUUCUCUGAUCCACUUCUUGCUCACUUACAGACUGUAUUCCUGCCCCGCCCCACACACAUACCUUAAAAGUAGGGAUUUAAAAACAAUGUAAAAAAUGCACUAUUUCUUUCUGGAUAACAAAACUUAUUUUUUUAAUACUAAACUAUAAAGAAAUGAAAUUGAAUGCUCUUAUAUUUGCUUUCCUUUAAACAUCAUAAAGGAUAAACUGUAUGAUGCAUCUAUAUGUUUUUUCCCAAUACAGUUAAAAUAAAAUCUUACUUGCCAAAAUUGAAUUUACACUCAAUUUUUCUGUUGUAGAACUCUGGAAAAGUACCUUGUGUAUUAUAUAAUCCCAUCUACGUUGUGUGUUCUUUAUUAAAAGACUGAGGCAUUUA